AUGUUAUUUUUAGUUUACUUCACAUCUAUAGAUAACACUUUCAUAUAAUGCGGGUCUAAUUCAUUAAAUAUAUUAGUUUAGAUGAAGGUGAACCUUACAAACAAAAAUUUUCCAAAUAUAAAGAUCUAAAAUACGGAUGCAAUUUAAGCGGAUCUGAAUUUGAUAAUGUUAACAUUAGUGGAAUGAAUUUAAAUAGAGCAUUAUUAUUAAAUUGUAAAUGGGAAAACAUUAGAAUUCUUGAAUUAUAUUAAUUAUAUGGCAAUAAUAGUCCUGUUAGGUCAGUCUGUAUUUCUCCUAAUGGAUAUACUCUAGCAUCUGGUAGUGGAGAUUCAGAGGGUAAAGAUAAUGUUAUUCGACUAUGGAUCUAAAAACAGGAUAAUAAAAAGUCUCAUUGGAUGGUCAAACUAGUGUCAUCAUGUCAGUCUGUUUCUAUCGUGAUGGAAAUACACUAGCAACUAGGAAUGCAGAUAACUCUAUUAGUUUAUGGGAUGUUAAUAGUAAGAAAAAAAUAGCUAAAUUGGAAGGUCAUACUAAUCAUGUCAAUUCAGUCUGUUUUUCUCCUGACGGAAUAAAAUUAGCAUUUGGUAGUAAUGAUAACUCUAUUCGAUUAUUAGAUUUCAAAACAGGAUAAUAGACAGCCAAAUUAAAUGGUCAUACUAAUUGGGUCAACUCAGUCUGUUUCUCUCCUGAUGGAAAUAAAUUAAUUUCAGGUAGUAAUGAUUAGUCUAUCAGAAUAUAGGAUGUAAAGAUGGGAUAAAAAUUUUAACACGAAGGAAAUGGGUAAAAGGAAAGUUUUAGAUAAUUUACAGGACAAAAAUUAAGAAAACUCCCCCUUAAUAUAUUCAUUGUUUUUAUUUUUUAGCUACAUUUGUAACUAUUCUACUUAUAUCUAUAUUACUUAUCACUUAAUUAUAUGAUACUAUCAUUUUCUAAAGCUAAUUUAUUACUUCUUGGGGUGAAAAUUUAAUAUGA